AUGGGGAAUCAUGAUGCAUCGAAUGCACGGCUAUCAAGGUGUGGAUUGAUUGACGCAAAGAAGGCGGGAGACGAAGCUUGCUGGCCAUCGAAUCUCGGACUUGUGCGAAGACAUGCGUCAAGACCCGGUGUAUAUGACACUCGCCAGCGUGCUCGGGAGCGGAUGAUGGGUGUGUGCGAAGGAGGUCGGGAACUGAUCAUGAGUCGCUGGCUGGUGAUGGGAGAGCAUGGAUAUGAUCAGGGGCAGGCCAUGACAACUGCGGCCAUGGCGAGCUUGUGGGACGUCAAUCUUGGUUAUCCCGCAGCGAAAGCCGCUUCUCCUGGUCAUGUGACCGAGAUGAAACCUCAAAACUCUCCAGAAAAGACGAAAACAACGACAUGGAAGGGAAAAGGGCAGAACAACCGCAAGACGAAGACGACGCAGAAGUCGACGGACAAGGAGGAGGACCCGGGAAUGAGACGCCUCUCUUCUCGCGGUGCCGGUGAGGGCCAGCCGGCAGCGAGGAUGGUCAUGAGACGCCUGCGAUCGCAAUCUUGA